GCUACGUUCACAAAUUUAAUUUGAUUUGAUCUCUUUUCCCUUUCUUAGUCUUAUUCUUCAGUUGAUAAAAUUAUAGACUUGAAAAUUGAUUAUCUCUCAAUUAUUUUCCAAAGAUGCAUUUAGGCCCCUCUCUUUCUCAACUGUUUGGGGUUUAUCAAUUGCCACAACAGAAAGCGCAGGGAAGUGAAAUUGUGCUUGACAAUGGGUUGGGGUUGCUUUGGUGAAUUGAAUUGGUGUAGAGGCACAAGGAGUGAAUCUGGGGAGCCACAGACUCCAGGGAUUUCUACCAACAAUGUAAGGCAAUUUUCUUAUAAUUCCUUGAGAUCAGCAACAAGGGAUUUCCAUCCUUCAAAUAGAAUAGGUGGAGGAGGUUAUGGAGUUGUUCAUAGGGGAGUGCUAAGAGAUGGUACUCAAGUUGCCAUCAAGUCCCUUUCUGCAGAAUCUAAGCAAGGAACACAUGAAUUUUUGACAGAAAUUAACAUGAUAUCUAGAAUACAACAUCCGAACCUUGUUAAGCUUGUUGGCUGCUGCGCUGAGGGGAAUUCUCGAAUAUUGGUAUAUGAAUAUUUGGAGAACAACAGUCUUGCCACUUCUUUGCUUGGUUCCAAAAGCAAACAUGUUUUUCUGGAUUGGGCAACGAGAGCUGAGAUUUGCGUGGAAACAGCAAUUGGUCUGGCUUUUCUUCAUGAGGAAGCUGAACCUCAUAUUGUCCAUAGAGAUAUUAAGGCUAGCAAUAUACUUCUUGAUGGGAAUUUUCAUCCAAAGAUUGGAGAUUUCGGGCUUGCAAAACUCUUUCCAGACAAUGUCACUCAUGUUAGUACUCGAGUGGCAGGAACCAUAGGUUAUCUAGCACCGGAAUAUGCACUCUUAGGACAGCUUACGAAGAAAGCUGAUGUAUACAGUUUUGGGGUGUUGCUGCUUGAAAUAAUUAGUGGCAGAAGUAGUAGUAAGGCAGCAUUUGGAGAGGAAUUGUUGAUUUUGGUGGAAUGGACAUGGAAGCUUAGAGAAGAAGGAAGACUUCUUGAUAUUGUUGAUCCAGAACUGACUGAAUACGCAGAGGAUGAGGUGAUACGCUUUAUUAAGGUUGCAUUGUUUUGCACACAAGCAGUUUCUCACCAAAGACCAGCCAUGAAACAAGUAGUGGAAAUGCUUUCAAAACAAGUCCACCUCAAUGAGAAGGCACUCACAGAGCCUGGUGUGUACAAAGCUCAUGGUUCACGGCGGGGCUCGAGGGGAGCCAGUUCGGAGGAAACAUCCUCAUCUCAAGCAGAGAAAGGCAAGCAUCCAAUGACUACUCUGAAGAUUCAGAGCCAGUAUGAUGACCCUGAUUCUAUGACUCAAUUGUCUCCUAGGUGAUGGAUAUGUAAUGUGGCAGUAGUAAGCCUAAGCCAUGUCAUUGUUCUGCCUUUUAUCUUCUGAAAGGCAAGCUUGUAAAGAAAGAGUAAAAAUAUGUGUAUUUGUUUUUGUACUACAUUUAUACUUAUUAUUCUUUUACUUUUAAAGGAAAAUAUUACUCAUGUAUUACUUUUAUUA